AUGUCUGCAGCAGUCGGCAUGUAUCUCACCGCGAGCUCCUCCUCUCUCGAGGCUUGCAUUAGAACCCAGCAAGAUGCCGUCGAAAAAGACGCAGUCGACCAGAUUGGCACAAUUAUGAAUGAUAUUUCCAGCCGAAUAGCUCUGCUCCAUCGCCUUUCAAACACCAUUCGAAGAGCUAGCAGCAAUGCUCGAAAUGAUAAAGCGGCCACCUCAUCUCGAAUUUUGGACGAGGAAGGAAACGAUGCAGAGCCGUUGCUAGAGGCCGUUUUUGCCAACUAUAUCCGUGAUAAGUUUCGCGAAAUUGAUGAAGUUCUCUUGCAGCGGCUUGGGUCGGCGAUGGUCCUGCGGCGGAAAAGAGUCCUCUACAGAAGGCAGCGGUUCGGAAAAGGUUCACUCCGUGUUGAGCAGACAGACCCUGCGCCAAUUGUUAAACCUCCAACAAAUCAUCACACACAGUUUGCUGUCGAGAAGGAACCGCUAAAACGCCAUGAUGGACCUGAAGACGCUUCAGGCACCAGGACCAAACCGAGUGCUAAAUCGCAUACAGCGGUUAGCGCGACCACCUUAGUCGUGGAUAAUUUCAAAAAAGCCUCAGCCCCUUCAAGAGUUUCAGCUACGAAGACAGUUGCUUUGAAUAGUCACGAGGAUCUACCAUUCCCACUUGCGCCUCUAGGUGACGUAAGGCGGAGGUACAAGAAAAUGAAACGUGCAAGGGAGGAAGAGUAUCGAACAUCACUCGAUAUCCUAUCCAAUGAUUCCAUGUCGCCCACAGACCUUGUGAGCAUCAAAAGCCAGGCCGAAGUCACCCUGAAGCAGGCUAUGCAGCGAGAUUGGUACGAAUGUCUUCAGGCCGUAGGAGAGGUGGCAUGUCCAUUCUGUUUAUACACCAUCCCGGCACUAGAGGCAAAUGACAAUAUGAAAUGGAAAGCACAUGUCCGCAAUGACCUUGACGCCUAUGUUUGUCUAUUCACAGAAUGCGACAGCCCAGAUAUGUUGUAUCGUCACAGUGAAGAGUGGUUAAAACAUAUGCGCGAACAUGCAUUGCGCUGGCGCUGCAACUCCAAGUCCCAUAUACCGCUGAUAUUUGACUCAAGAGAGACAUAUUCCAAUCAUAUACGAGAUGCUCAUGGAGCAAAAUUCAGCGAAGCACAGGUCCGGGUCCUUGCUGACAAAAAUGCGCGACCGAUUAAGCCCCUUUUUGAAUCAUGUCCACUGUGCGGUGUCACCGAAGUUACCAACGGAAAUCUCGAGGAUCAUAUUGUUGGACAUUUGAGAUUUCUAGCUUUGAAGUCUCUACCCCCCUAUGAAGACGAGGUAGCAGAGUUCUCGGAUACGGAGAGUGCUAGCUCGCGCGCCUCGAAGCCUCAUAAGAGAAGUACAAUUUACAACGACCCCGAUAGGUCUGUCGAACCAUAUUUUGAAGACAACGGGGAAUAUGCCACCGCUGAAGUGUCUGGUGACAUUGAUACCUCGAUUUUCACCCUUUCCGAAAGUGAUGGUUUGAUGGAGUCCUACAAAGCCUUACAUUUAGGACCGCUGUCAGAGAUCCCUGCUGAAGGGCCCUCAAUCAAAGACAUCUCAUCCAGUGACCAAAGACAAGCUGAAUGGGGUCUUGUCAUCGACCGUAUCGAACCAUUCGCACAUGUCGGGAGUGAUCCUAUCCUUCAACACCUGGCAUCGGAGCAGCUAGUCUCUGCUACAUUGACUGUCAGUGCCAAUCAAGAUGAUCCCAAUGCUCGCUCUGUAAAUAAGGGUCACGCUCAUGGCGAACAUGGUACGCAACCCAAUGUUGGCCCGGAUCACCAAAGAGACCAGGAUCCCUCUUCUGUUUGGAAGGGGUCUUCAGAGGAUAUCUCCAAGAUUGAAAAAAUAAGUGACUUACCUGUAGGUGGGGAGGAACCUAUCAGUAGCUCCCCGAAGGUGCAUAUCGGCAACCUUGAGACCAUUGAGCAGGAGAGUCUUGAUUCUGUAUCAGUUCCGGAUAUACCAAGGGAUAUUUCCACAUCAACAGUACCCCACUCACUACGGUCCCCACCAGCUUCGCCAAGACUCAACCCCGUGGCGCAUGGCAUGGAAGAAGUUAGCCAUUAUCUGGAUGGUGCCAGUGAUGGAUCUCAGACAUCCAGUGUAACGGAGCAGGAAGAGACACAUGAACCUACACUGGUUGAAAAUGAUAAUCCAGGUACUUCAGCGGGCCAGGACAGACUCCGAGUGCCGCUGAACAUGGAUGCCGUAAAAGAUAUUGACUUGGACGAUAUAAUCUCGCGGUUACUGGAUUCCCCCCAACCCGUCAAACGACGCCUACCCGUUAGUCACAAGGAGAUCUUUGCUAUAUGCACUGCAUCGCGGGAAAUUUUACUUUCCCAGCCUAUGCUUCUAGAGGUGAAGGCGCCCGUGAAGAUUGUUGGUGACAUUCAUGGCCAGUACAUGGACCUGCUCAGGAUCCUUGAGCAUUGCGGCCCCCCAGCGACUACCCCGUAUUUAUUUCUGGGUGACUAUGUGGACCGAGGGAAGCAGAGUCUUGAAACAAUCCUUCUACUUUUAUGCUACAAACUCAAAGACCCAGACAACAUGUGGUUGCUCCGUGGAAACCAUGAAUGUGUCAAUGUUACCCGUGUCUACGGCUUCUACGACGAGUGCAAACGUCGGUGCAAUGUCAAAAUCUGGAAGACGUUUAUUGAUGUGUUCAACUGCUUACCUAUUGCGUGUAUCGUCGCGGACAAGAUCUUUUGUGUGCAUGGUGGCUUAUCCCCCUCCCUCACAAAUAUGGAUGAUAUUCGCCAGCUUCAACGUCCAACUGAUAUCCCUGAUUAUGGCUUGCUCAAUGACCUUGCUUGGAGCGACCCUGCUGAAAUGGAAGUGGAUUGGGAACCGAAUGAACGAGGUGUGAGCUAUUGUUUCAGCACUCGUGUUAUCAAGGAUUUUCUUGAACGCCAUAAUUUUGACUUGAUAUGCCGGGCGCAUAUGGUGGUCGAAGAUGGGUAUGAGUUCCACAUCGAUCGGCUCCUAGUGACUAUUUUUUCUGCGACAAAUGCAAGUACUAUCCACUUCCUUCGCACAGUUUUUGGGCUGUCAGAUUAA